AUGGCUUCUAAUCUUUCUACUCGAGCGGUCAGGACCGCCUGUGCUGCACCGAAAGUGGCCCCUUUGGCGACUUUGAUCCCACGCCGCCCUUUCGCCUCGGCUCCGGACACCCCAACCGCCGAAGCAGACCAACCCCGAUGGUCCUACACGCCGCCGCGCGCAAAGGCGCCCUUUAGCCUCCGGCUUCAUGCGCAGCGUCCUGCUUUCCACGUUAAUUCAGACCCAGCUCUCCUCGACCAAUUCUACAUCCGUAUGCUUGGCAAUGACGGUGACAAGGUUCUCUCGGACGAGCUGAAGUGGUUGGCAGUCACCCACAAGAGUUUUGAUCAAGGACGCCGUGGAUUCAAUGACCGCCUGGCCUUCCUAGGAAAACGCAUCGUUCAAUUGCAGGCCUCUCUAGCCCUGGUGCAGAGCUCUGGGGCUGCGAGCGCUCCGGCUAAGCAAGAUGAACAUGGUCGCACGCCGUUCACCCACCCGGCUCUCGAUGGCCUACAAAAUCUCUCCCGGAGCACUAAGAGCUUCUUGACCGAUCGAUCGAAGCUUGCGGAACUGGCUCAGAAAUACGAUAUGCCCAAGAUCAUUCGAUGGACUCCGCGCAAGCCCGAUGAUCUCAAGACAUCCGGUCUUGAACUCGUUUUGUCACACACCAUGUAUGCGGUUAUCGGAGCAAUCUCUUUACAAAAGGGCGGAGAUGUUGCCAAUAAGGUGGCUCAGGAGCGGAUACUCGAGCCGCUGGGACUCAAGACGGUUUCAUGA